AUGUCGUGAGUGUUAGUCGCCAACAUUUUACUAAAAUUUUUUGUUUUAGUCUAGUCAUCAUGUCUAAGGUUAUCAAGUCCGAGCCGGACAAGGACGAUUUUCUCCAAUAUGAAGAGGAGCCCAUUGAGAAUCUGAUGAUCGAAAUUCAACCUUGGCAGGAUUCGGAGGAAUUUGUGGAUGUUGUGAGUCCCGAAGACGAUUUACUUUACGACCAUCAACCUACAAUCAUAAUAUACCAACAUGAAAGUGAUCCCAUUUCUUACGACGCUGUUCCGCCCGUGCAAAGCCGCACUGCCUAUUUGCAUGUGAGUUUUUCUUUAACUUUUUUUUGGUUUUUAGGUAUGGUGGAUGUGACGAACUUUUUUAUUUCAGAGAAAUCGCCAAAAGCGAAAGAAUUCCACCGAUGAGUUCAGCGACUACUCUACCGACCCUCCUCAUUAUUCCUCGGCCCUCCCGUCGACCUCGGUCUCAAGCAGCAAUUCCACCACGUCUAAGAUGUUGAAUCCGUACGAUGAUGAUAUUUAUAUCGAUACGACCCAGUUGGCUAAGGAAAUCACUACCGAGUUGAAGCAUCGCUGCAUUCCGCAAACGAUUUUUGCGGAAAAGGUCAUUGAUCGAUCCCAGGGCACUUUAUCAGAUUUGUUGCGCAACCCCAAGCCAUGGGAAGAGCUAAAGGCCGGGAGAGAUACGUAUAGAAGAAUGUAUUCAUGGCUGAACCAGCCGUUGGCACAAAGGUUGGCGAUGGUUGGGAUGAGCGAAGGCAAAGUGCAACUAGGUAAUCAUUUUUUUAUUUUUUCUGAAUUUAGGAUUGGAAGUUGAUGGAAUCAAAAAAAUAAAGAAUCUCGAUGUUUGGUCCAAUUUUUGUUCGAAAGUUGAGCUUUUUAGUCUAAAAUAUAAUAAUUAAUAGGGUUUGGGGUUUCUUUUUUCUUUUGCUCCGAUUGACCUGAUUUUUGGCAUGGGGGUUCUUUUAGAUGCGCUCUUUGAGUAUUUGAAAAAAUUUUUUGAAAUUUUCAAUUUUGAGUGGCCUAUGACGUCAUGAAAAGUCGAAACUUUGAGUCUUUGUAUCUCGGUCCAUUUUACAGCUACCGACUUGAUUUUUGGUUCCAUCGCGUAUGGUACAUAAUGGGACAAUCACUGUCGAGAUUUUUUCGAAAUUUCAAAUUUUUCGGAAAAAAUCCCAAAAAAUGACCUUUUUUCGUAACCUUUGACUAGCAAGAAGAAUAUUGAAAUGCAAGCUUCUACAGGUCCAUAUCGGGAAAGCAAAUUCAUAACUAAGAGAUAUCUCAAUGUAUGUGUAGAUACGGCCAUGUACAAAGUUACACUUCCAGAAAACCCCGUCAUGAUGACGGAUUUUCUGGAUUUUUUCGAUUCCAUUGAAUUCCACGUACCCGAAUUCCUAUUAGGUCGUGUCUUUCUUUUUUGUAGUAUACUUCGUAUUUUAGCUAUGGCUUACUGUAAAAAAUACGAUUUGCACAGUGCAAAGUUCGACAAAAUGGUUCUCGGCUCCCAGGUCGAAAUUCGAAAAAACGGCUCGCUGAUCUUAGUUUUUUUGCCCGGAGAUUGCCCCUAAAUUUUUUCAGACCAUUCUACAUAACCAUCGCUUCAGAACAUCUACAUACUUGAAAACGCAAUUUUUCGAAAUUUUCAAAAUUUUGACUUUUUAAAAAUUUUCUCCCUGAUGUUCAACAACGAUGUCAAAAACGUCCAACUAUUGAUUGUAGAGCUCGAAGAGCUCUACAAAUUACCCGCUUACAUCGUCUUCGUAUCUCGGAAAUUACGGCCGCCAGAGCGGCCGGAAAUUUCGGUCGAUUUUUGGUGCACCGUGCGAAAAAAAUCGCCCUCAGGGCAAUAAGCGGAGUUGAACAAAUUGAUCUCUCAGGGGCUAUUGGGCACAGAAUAAGCUACCAUCGUGCCAAGUUUCACAUCUCUAUCCUCAAUAUUUCGUGCGCACUGUGCCGUCAAAAAAAAAUUUCGAAAUUUCGGCCAAAAUUCGGCCCUGAGGGCUUGAAACGGAAUUUUUUCGCAUUUCUGUUGCCUCUAUCGUUUUUAUCACGUUGAACUGCUAUAGAAACAGGUAUCAAUUCCUAAAAUACGGACAAGGUGAAAAGGCAGUAUUCGAAUUUCCGAAUUUUUGAAUUUUACUUCAACGUACGAAAGUGAAGUUAUCUUGGGAACAAGGUCGAAAUUCAAAAAUCCGGCUCUAGCGUUCCCUCGGUAAUUUCACUGGCUUGACGAAACCCUUUGAAUCCAGCCUUUUGAUUUCGACCCUAAGGCCAGAUCAUUUUUGAAAAAUUUUGGUGACAAAACUCCAAACCUUUAAAACCGUCAAAACUCGAAAUUUUCUCAUUAAAAUUCAAUCAAAGGUUACAUAUUCGGAAUCUCCAGGUAAUUUUGCAUACAGUAGGAUACAUUUCGCCGGUACUUUUAGUGCAACAAGUGCCAGUUUUGAAAAAACGCCCACUUCCAUGGCCGAAAACACAAAAAAAGAGCGCGGGGAAGAGAGAGAGCGGGCAGAGAACCGCUUCCUUCUUCGUUUGGCGGGAGAAAAGAGAGAGUGGGAAAGUGGUGGAGGGUGGUUAGACAAAGGUUUUCUCUUUCGAUUCCGGUCAGAGAUAAGACGGAGAGAGUGCUGAGUGUGAGGAGGGUGGUACGGAAACUGUCAUCGUGACGCGUAAUGACGGGAUUUCUGGAUUUUUUCGAGAAAUCUUUGUAAAAUUAUUUUUUUGGUCCUGGAUUCUCGGGAUUUGGCCGUUUUAGGGCCAAAUUUGACGGGGAUUUCGGGAAAAAUAUUGGCUUUGGAUAAUUUUGAGUGCUGAAUCUAUUUUUUCGAGUUUUUUAGUUGAUUUUUCCUUAUUGUAUGAGAUUCUGAUCAAGUUUGGGUGGAAGGGAGAUUAUUUUAGGUAACAAAAUGUAGUCUCGCGGCGGCCGUAGGCCGUCGCCUCAUGCCGGCGGGCUCUUUAACCCGGCUUAGCGAUCUGGGACUGACCUGAGCUUAGCGAUUAGGGAAAGCUUAGCGAUCCUAACUUUUUGGUCUUAAAAACGCUACAACUUUCAACUAGGCUCAGUCUAACGCGUAGCGUUUUUCUGCCGCGGCCGGAGGCCGUCGGCAAAGCUUUGGCGAGCGUUUAUGUUGUUUUCGACGUUGAACAGGUCCAAAUCGCGCGCAUUGUAGCGAAACCGGGCGCAGGGCUGCCCGAGAGACGUGAGCAGCCGCAGGCUGCGAAGUCUCGAGCCCUAGUCUAAAAUAUAAUAAUUAAUAGGGUUUGGGGUUUCUUUUUUCUUUUGCUCCGAUUGACCUGAUUUUUGGCAUGGGGGUUCUUUUAGAUGCGCUCUUUGAGUAUUUGAAAAAAUUUUUUGAAAUUUUCAAUUUUGAGUGGCCUAUGACGUCAUGAAAAGUCGAAACUUUGAGUCUUUGUAUCUCGGUCCAUUUUACAGCUACCGACUUGAUUUUUGGUUCCAUCGCGUAUGGUACAUAAUGGGACAAUCACUGUCGAGAUUUUUUCGAAAUUUCAAAUUUUUCGGAAAAAAUCCCAAAAAAUGACCUUUUUUCGUAACCUUUGACUAGCAAGAAGAAUAUUGAAAUGCAAGCUUCUACAGGUCCAUAUCGGGAAAGCAAAUUCAUAACUAAGAGAUAUCUCAAUGUAUGUGUAGAUACGGCCAUGUACAAAGUUACACUUCCAGAAAACCCCGUCAUGAUGACGGAUUUUCUGGAUUUUUUCGAUUCCAUUGAAUUCCACGUACCCGAAUUCCUAUUAGGUCGUGUCUUUCUUUUUUGUAGUAUACUUCGUAUUUUAGCUAUGGCUUACUGUAAAAAAUACGAUUUGCACAGUGCAAAGUUCGACAAAAUGGUUCUCGGCUCCCAGGUCGAAAUUCGAAAAAACGGCUCGCUGAUCUUAGUUUUUUUGCCCGGAGAUUGCCCCUAAAUUUUUUCAGACCAUUCUACAUAACCAUCGCUUCAGAACAUCUACAUACUUGAAAACGCAAUUUUUCGAAAUUUUCAAAAUUUUGACUUUUUAAAAAUUUUCUCCCUGAUGUUCAACAACGAUGUCAAAAACGUCCAACUAUUGAUUGUAGAGCUCGAAGAGCUCUACAAAUUACCCGCUUACAUCUUCAGCGUAUCUUUAAAAUUACGGCCGUCAGAGCCGCCGGAAAUUUCGGUCGAUUUUUGGUGCACUGUGCGAAAAAAAUCGCCCUCAGGGCAACAAGUGGAGUUGAACAAAUUGAUCUCUCAGGGGCUAUUGGGCACAGAACAAGCUACCAUCGUGCCAGGUUUCACAUCUCUAUCUUCAAUAUUUCGUGCGCAUUGUGCCGUCAAAAAAAAUUUCGAAAUUUCGGCCAAAAUUCGGCCCUGAGGGCUUGAAACGGAAUUUUUUCGCAUUUCUGUUGCCUCUAUCGUUUUUAUCACGUUGAACUGCUAUAGAAACAGGUAUCAAUUCCUAAAAUACGGACAAGGUGAAAAGGCAGUAUUCGAAUUUCCGAAUUUUUGAAUUUUACUUCAACGUACGAAAGUGAAGUUAUCUUGGGAACAAGGUCGAAAUUCAAAAAUCCGGCUCUAGCGUUCCCUCGGUAAUUUCACUGGCUUGACGAAACCCUUUGAAUCCAGCCUUUUGAUUUCGACCCUAAGGCCAGAUCAUUUUUGAAAAAUUUUGGUGACAAAACUCCAAACCUUUAAAACCGUCAAAACUCGAAAUUUUCUCAUUAAAAUUCAAUCAAAGGUUACAUAUUCGGAAUCUCCAGGUAAUUUUGCAUACAGUAGGAUACAUUUCGCCGGUACUUUUAGUGCAAAAAGUGCCAGUUUUGAAAAAACGCCCACUUCCACGGACGAAAACACAAAAAAAGAGCGCGGCGAAGAGAGAGAGCGGGCAGAGAACCGCUUCCUUCUUCGUUUGGCGGGAGAAAAGAGAGAGUGGGAAAGGGGUGGAGGGUGGUUAGACAAAGGUUUUCUCUUUCGAUUUCGGUCAGAGAUAAGGCGAAGAGAGUGCUGAGUGUGAGGAGGGUGGUACGGAAACUGUCAUCGUGACGCGUCAUGACGGGAUUUUCUGGAUUUUUUCGAGAAAUUUUUGUAAAAUUAUUUUUUUGGGCCUGGAUUCUCGGGAUUUGGCCGUUUUAGGGCCAAAUUUGACGGGGAAUCUGGGAAAAAUAUUGGCUUUGGUUGAUUUUGAGUGCUGAGUCUAUUUUUUCGAGUUUUUUAGUUGAUUUUUGGUUGCUGAAAGUAUUUCUGAUCAACUUUUGGGGAAGGGGAAUUAUUUUAGGUAAAAAAUGUAGUCUCGCGGCGGCCGUAGGCCGUCGCCUCAUGCCGGCGGGCUCUUUAGCCGGGCUUAGCGAUCUGGGAGUGACCUGAGCUUAGCGAUUAGGGUAAAUUCUCAAUCUAAAACAAAGUCGGCUUAGCGUUCCGAACGACACAAGUUUUUACUAGGCUCAGUCUAACGCGUAGCGUUUUUCUGCCGCGGCCGGAGGCCGUCGGCAAAGCUUUAGCGAACGUUUAUGUUGUUUUGGACGUUGAACAGGUCCAAAUCGCGCGAAGAUCAGCAAUACCGGGCGCAAAGCAGCGAAACCGGGCGCAGGACUGCCCGAGAGACGUGAGCAGCCGCAGGCUGCGAAGUCUCGAGCCCUAGUCUAAAAUAUAUCUAUUAAUAAGGUUUGGGGUUUCUUUUUUCUUUUGCUCCGAUUGACUUGAUUUUUGGCAUGGGGGUUGUCUUAGAUGUUCUCUUUGUGAAUUUGAAAAAAAUUUUCAAAAUUUUCAAUUUUGAGUGACCUAUGACGUCACGAAAAGUCGAAACUUUGAGUCUCUGUAUCUCGCUCCGUUUUAUAGGUAUCGACUUGAAUUUUGGUUUCGUCGCGUAUGGUACAUAAUGGGACAAUCACUGUCGAGAUUUUUUCGAAAUUUCAAAUUUUACGAAAAAAAUCCCAAAAAAUGACCUUUUUUCGUAACCUUUGACUAGCAAGAAGAAUAUUGAAAUGCAAGCUUCUACAGGUCCAUAUCGGGAAAGCAAAUUCAUAACUAAGAGAUAACUCAAUGUAUGUGUAGAUACGGCCAUGUACAAAGUUACACUUCCAGAAAACCCCGUCAUGAUGACGCAUUUUCUGGAUUUUUUCGAUUCCAUUGAAUUCUGCGUAUCAGACUUCCUAUUAGUUCGUGUCUUUCUUUUUUGUAGUGCACUUCGUAUUUUAGCCAUGGCUUACUGUAAAAAAUACGAUUUGCACAGUGCAAAUUUCAAAAGAUUCGUUCUCGACCCCCAGGUAGAAAUUCGAAAAAAUUACUCGCAAAUCUUAUUUUUUUUGCCCGAAGAUUGUCCCUAAACUUUUUCAGAACAUUCUAUGUAGCCAUCGUUUCAGAACAUGACGGCACUUAAAAUGCAAAUUUUUCGAGAUUUUCAAAAUUUCGACUUUUUCGAAUUUUUCUCCCUGAUGUACAACAACGAUGUCAAAAAUGUUCAACUAUAGAUUGUAGAGCUCGAACAGCUCUACAAAUUACCCGCUUACAUCUUUUGCGUAUCUUUAAAAUUACGGCCGCCAGAACGGCCGGAAAUUUCGGUCGAUUUUUAGUGCACCGUGCGAAAAAAGUUGCCCUCAGGGCAAUAAGCGGAACUGAGAAAAUUGAUCUCACGCGGGCUAUUAGGCACAGAAUAAGCUACCAUCGUGCCAAUUUUCAGAUCUCUACAUUCAAUAUUCCGUGUGCACUGUGCUUCCGAAACAAAAAUUCCAAAUUUCGGCCGAAUUUCGGCCCUGAGGGCUUGGAAUCGAAUUUUUUCGGAUUUUAAUUUCGUCCAUCAUAUUCAGCACGGCAAACUGCAAUAGAAACAGGUAUCGACUUUUAAUAUACGAACAAGCUGACAAAGCAGUAGUCAAAUUACAAAAUUUCUGGAUUUUGCUUACUUUGACGAAAGUUACAUUAUCUGAAAAACAAGGUCGAAAUCGAAAAAUCCCGCUUUCAGUUGCACUCCGUAUUUGGACUCUCAACAUGUUGCCCAAAUUUGGUGGAGAUGGUCCAAAGUUUUGAACAGUUAUCCGGUCGCAAAAAAAUUAUACCAAGUUUCGCAAAUCUUACAUUUGACCAGAACUCAAAAAUUUCCAACUAAAGUAGGUCUAAAAGUUACAUAUUCGGAAUCUGCAUGUCAUUUUGGAUAUAGUCGUAUCUUUUUUCCCGGUACUUUUAGUGCAACAAGUGCCAGUUUUGAAAAAACGCCCACUUCCAUGACCGAAAACACAAAAAAAGAGCGCGGAGAAGAGAGAGAGUGGGCAGAGAACCGGUUCCCUCUUCGUUUGGCGGGAGAAAAGAGAGAGUGAGAAAGGGGUGGAGGAUGGGUAGACAAAGGUUUUCUCUUUCGAUUUCGGUUAGAGAUAAGGCGAAGAGAGUGCUGAGUGUGAGGAGGGUGGUACGGAAACUGUCAUCGUGACGCGUCAUGACGGGGUUUUCUGGAUUUUUUUGAGAAAUUUUUAGAAAAUUAUUUUUUUGGUCCUGGAUUCUCGGGAUUUGGCCGUUUUAGGGCCAAAUUUGACGGAGAGUUCGGGAAAAAUAUUAUCUAAGGAUACUUUUGAGUGCUGAGUCCACUUUUUUAGUUGAUUUUUGCUUAUGCGAUUUUGAUCAGCUUAUGGUGGAAGAAAAAUUAUUUUAGGUAACAAAAUGUAGUCUCGCGGCGGCCGUAGGCCGUCGCCUCAUGCCGGCGGGCUCUUUAGCCGGGCUUAGCGAUCUGGAACUGACCUGAGCUUAGCGAUUAGUGUAAGCUUAGCGAUCUUAACUUCUCGAUCUAAAACAAGGGCGGCUUAGCGUUUCGAACGUCAAAAGUUUCUACUAGGCUCAGUCUAACGCGUAGCGUUUUUCUGCCGCGGCCGGAGGCCGUCGGCAAAGCUUUGGCGAGCGUUUGUGCUGUUUUCGACGUUGAACAGGUCCAAAUCGCGCGCAAAGUUGCCUUUAUCCGCAGGGCCGCCCGAGAGACGGUAGCAGCCGCAGGCUGCGUUAGUCUCGAGCCCUAGUCUAAAAUAUAAUAAUUAAUAGGGUUUGGGGUUUCUUUUUUCUUUUGCUCCGAUUGACCUGAUUUUUGGCAUGGGGGUUCUUUUAGAUGCGCUCUUUGAGUAUUUGAAAAAAUUUUUUGAAAUUUUCAAUUUUGAGUGGCCUAUGACGUCAUGAAAAGUCGAAACUUUGAGUCUUUGUAUCUCGGUCCAUUUUACAGCUACCGACUUGAUUUUUGGUUCCAUCGCGUAUGGUACAUAAUGGGACAAUCACUGUCGAGAUUUUUUCGAAAUUUCAAAUUUUUCGGAAAAAAUCCCAAAAAAUGACCUUUUUUCGUAACCUUUGACUAGCAAGAAGAAUAUUGAAAUGCAAGCUUCUACAGGUCCAUAUCGGGAAAGCAAAUUCAUAACUAAGAGAUAUCUCAAUGUAUGUGUAGAUACGGCCAUGUACAAAGUUACACUUCCAGAAAACCCCGUCAUGAUGACGGAUUUUCUGGAUUUUUUCGAUUCCAUUGAAUUCCACGUACCCGAAUUCCUAUUAGGUCGUGUCUUUCUUUUUUGUAGUAUACUUCGUAUUUUAGCUAUGGCUUACUGUAAAAAAUACGAUUUGCACAGUGCAAAGUUCGACAAAAUGGUUCUCGGCUCCCAGGUCGAAAUUCGAAAAAACGGCUCGCUGAUCUUAGUUUUUUUGCCCGGAGAUUGCCCCUAAAUUUUUUCAGACCAUUCUACAUAACCAUCGCUUCAGAACAUCUACAUACUUGAAAACGCAAUUUUUCGAAAUUUUCAAAAUUUUGACUUUUUAAAAAUUUUCUCCCUGAUGUUCAACAACGAUGUCAAAAACGUCCAACUAUUGAUUGUAGAGCUCGAAGAGCUCUACAAAUUACCCGCUUACAUCGUCUUCGUAUCUCGGAAAUUACGGCCGCCAGAGCGGCCGGAAAUUUCGGUCGAUUUUUGGUGCACCGUGCGAAAAAAAUCGCCCUCAGGGCAAUAAGCGGAGUUGAACAAAUUGAUCUCUCAGGGGCUAUUGGGCACAGAAUAAGCUACCAUCGUGCCAAGUUUCACAUCUCUAUCCUCAAUAUUUCGUGCGCACUGUGCCGUCAAAAAAAAUUUUCGAAAUUUCGGCCAAAAUACGGCCCUGAGGGCUUGAAACGUGAUUUUUUCGGAUUUUAACUUUCACCAUCGUAUUCAGCACAUUGAACUGCUACAUAAACAGUUAUUAAUUCCUAAAAUACGCACAGGUUGAAAGAGCAGAAUUCGAAUUUCCGAAUUUUUGGAUUUUGUUUACUCUGACGAAAGUUACUAUAGCUCGGGAACAAGGUCGAAAUUCAAAAAUCCCGCCCGACACAUGAUAGACAAUUUGAUAAGGAUUCUGCAACCAGAAGCUGGGAUACGAUUCCGAGAGAUAUGAUCAGAAAUCGUGUUUGAAGCGGCGGUCCCAAAAAAUCCCGAAUCGGAAAAGUCUUCAAAUCUCAAAAAUUUCCAACUAAAAUUCGUCUAAAAGUUACAUAUUCGGAAUCUCCAUGUCAUUUUAGAUAUAGUCGUAUCUUUUUUCCCGGUACUUUUAGUGCAACAAGUGCCAGUUUUGAAAAAACGCCCACUUCCAUGACCGAAAACACAAAAAAAGAGCGCGGCGAAAAGAGAGAGCGGGCAGAGAACCGCUUCCUUCUUCGUUUGGCGGGAGAAAAGAGAGAGUGGGAAAGGGGUAGAGGGUGGUUAGACAAAGGUUUUCUCUUUCGAUUUCGGUCAGAGAUAAGACGGAGAGAGUGCUGAGUGUGAGGAGGGUGGUACGGAAACUGUCAUCGUGACGCGUAAUGACGGGAUUUCUGGAUUUUUUUGAGAAAUUUUUGUAAAAUUGUUUUUUUGGUCCUGGAUUCUCGGGAUUUGGCCGUUUUAGGGCCAAAUUUGACGGGGAUUUCGGGAAAAAUGUUGGAUUUGUAUAAUUUUGAGUGCUGAGUCUAUUUUUUCGAGGUUUUAGUUGAUUUUUCCUUAUUGUAUGGGCUUCUGAUCAAGUUUUGGUGGAAGGAAGAUUAUUUUAGGUAACAAAAUGUAGUCUCGCGGCGGCCGUAGGCCGUCGCCUCAUGCCGGCGGGCUAUUUUUUCUGGAUUUUUUCAAUUCCAUUAAAUUCUACGUACCAAACUUCGUAUUUGGUCGUGCCUUUCUUUUUUGUAGUGAACUUCGUAUUUUAGCCAUGGCUUACUGUAGAAAAUACGAUUUGCACAGUGCAAAGUUCGACAAAAUGGUUCUCGGCUCCCAGGUCGAAAUUCAAAAAAAUCACUCGCAAAUCUUAUUUUUUUUGCCCGAAGAUUGCCCUCAAUUGUUUUUGGACCUGUAGUCAUCGUCAUCUCUCAGAACCAGUUUCGCCAAAAAAAAGUCGAUUUUUCAAAUUUUUCAAAUUUUCAGUUUUUCAAAUUUUUACCCCGGACGGUCAACAACAAUGUCAAAAGUGCCCAACUAUAGAUUGUAGAGCUCGAAGAGCUCUACAAUUUACAAGCUUACACCACGUUCGUAUCUCUCGAAUUACGGCCCCCAGAGCGGCCGGAAAUUUCGGCCGAAAAAUGGGCACCUUUUUCAAAAAGAUCCCCUCAGGGCAACAAGCGAUGUUUGAAAACUUGACUUCCUGGAUGUGAUAGUAGACAAACCAAACUACCAUCAUGCCAAGUUUCAGGUCGCUGCGUUCCGUAUUCGCUGUGCACUGGGUCAUCAAAAAAAAUUUCGAAAUUUUGGCCGAAUUUCGGCCCUCAGGGCUUCAGAUGGAAUUUUUUUGAAUUUUUAUUUGUUCUGCCGGGUUCAGUAGGUUAAACUGCUAUAGAAACGACAAUCGAAUUCUAAAAUACGACCAAGCUGCGAGAGGAAUAUUAGAAUUACAAAAUUUUUGGAUUUUGCUUACUUUGGCGAAAGUUACAUUAUCUGAAAAACAAGGUCGAAAUCGAAAAAUCCCGCUCUCAGGUGCACUUCGUAUUUAGACUUCGGAGAAGUAUGCAAAACCUCAGUUGUAACAUACAACUUUUUGGUAAGAUAUUUGGAACGAAAAAAAAAUUUCAAAAUUAACAUAAUCACAAAAUCGACCAAAACUCAAAAAUUUCCAACCAAAAUUCGUCUAAAAGUUACAUAUUCGGAAUCUCCACGUCAUUUUGGAUAUAGUCGUAUCUUUUUUCCCGGUACUUUUAGUGCAACAAGUGCCAGUUUUGAAAGAACGCCCACUUCCAUGACCGAAAACACAAGAAAAGAGCGCGGCGAAGAGAGAGAGCGGGCAGAGAACUGUUUCCUUCUUCGUUUGGCGGGAGAAAAAAGAGAGUGAGAAAGGGGUGGAGGGUGAUUAGACAAAGGUUUUCUCUUUCGAUUUCGGUCAGAGAUAAGACGGAGAGAGUGCUGAGUGUGAGGAGGGUGGUACGGAAACUGUCAUCGUGACGCGUAAUGACGGGAAUUUCUGGAUUUUUUUUGAGAAUUUUUGUAAAAUUAUUUUUUUGGUCCUGGAUUCUCGGGAUUUGGCCGUUUUAGGGCCAAAUUUGACGGGGAUUUCGGGAAAAAUAUUGGAUUUGGAUAAUUUUGAGUGCUGAGUCUAUCUUUUCGAGGUUUUAGUUGAUUUUUCCUUAUUGUAUGAGCUUCUGAUCAAGUUUUGGUGGAAGGAAGAUUGUUUUAGGUAAAAAAAUGUAGUCUCGCGGCGGCCGUAGGCCGUCGCCUCAUGCCGGCUCUUUAACCCGGCUAAGCGAUCUGGGACUGACUUGGCGAUUAGGGUAAGCUUAGCGAUCUGGACUUUUUGACCUAAGACAAGGUCGGCUUGGCGUUUUGAACGCCGAAAGUUGCUACUAGGCUCAGUCUAACGCGUAGCGUUUUUCUGCCGCGGCCGGAGGCCGUCGGCAAAGCUUUGGCGAGCGUUUCUUCCGCAAAAGCGACUUUUCAUCACAAUUUAUCUUCAAAAAUGGCUCAAAUCGUGCGCAAAGCAGCGAAACCGGGCGCAGGGUUGCCCGAGAGACGUGAGCAGCCGCAGGCUGCGAAGUCUCGAGCCCUAGUCGGUAACUGUAAACGGAAUUCUUUCAGAAGUCCAAAAGAAGCCCCGUCCUGCUCGUUACGUCAUCAGUGAAGCUGCGAGUCGUCGAAAAGCGCGGGCCUCCAUCCCCAAAAAGUCCCGAUUUGUAUUCACAGAAAUUCAAAAGCGAACGCUUCAUGCCAUCUUCCGCGAAACCCAGCGACCCAGUCGGGAAAUGCAGCACACCAUCGCGCAACAUCUGUCGUUGGAACCGGCCACCGUCAGCAACUUUUUCAUGAACGCCCGCCGUCGACAGAAGUAUCAGCCGGAUUGGGCGAGAAAAAUGGGAUUUGAGAGCGAAGAUGAGGUCGUGAAGAUCAAAUUGGACAAUUCAGAUGAGGAUUAG